AGGAUUUUGGUAGGAUUUUGGUAGGAGGGGGUUUGUGCUACUGGUGGGAACAGGGACUUGCAAAAUAGAGAAUAUUGCAGUUUGGGAUUUGGAUCCCAGAGCUUGGCCACCUUCUUCAUAGGGUCCCAAUGAUAAAUAACAGAGAUAAAUAACAUAAUAAAUAACAAACAUUUUCAGCUCCCAUGAAGCUGCUGAAUAGAACUUAAAGACUAACUGGCAAAAAAAAAAAAAAAAGAAAAAAAGGAAAAAUAAAAGAUAAACCAAUGUCAAGGCGUGCCCAGAGGAUGAUAAAUGUGUCUGAGACCAGUGGAGAAACAGAUAAAGAGGCCUCCAGUGGGGUUUGGCAAAUUAUGUCAAAAGAAGCAACAGAAAGAAAGUUAGAAAAGUUGUUUAUUCCCACCAACUUUGGUGUAAUUUCUGGUGAACCUACACGGGACAGCUUCCUGGUCUCUCCUGAGGCUCCAGAAUUUUUUUUUGCUGGCAUGGCACCAGGACUUUCCUGGAGAAAAUCACAGAUUCCCCCAGAUUCAUCUGGGACACAGUGUCCAGAAUUCUCCAUGUUCAUCUGAAAACAAGGAUUGAAUGGAUGGGUUUUGAAGAAAAAUGGCCUUGGCAAGAGGAAGCAGCUUGUGUCUUGUCACCUUUUCCCCUUGGAGUUCUCCCAGUGAAUGCCAGAGCAGCUGACCCAACUUCAAAAAUGUGACUCAUGGCUCCUCCAGCAAAAGGAUCAGGAGCUGUUUCUGGGUUGAUGCAAGAGCCCCACAGGACAAAAAGGGGAUGAAGAUGAGAGGAACCUGGCUGGGUGUGCCCAUUGGACACCUGCUGGCUCUGGGACACAGGCACAAAUGGAGAAACACGACAGAUUCCAGAAAGUUCAGGCUGUUUUUCUGCCUGGUGGGGCUCAGCAGUGCCAGCCUCUGGGUUUUCUACAGCUGGACCCAAUUCUGCAUGUCCUGUGAGAGCAGCCAGGGCUACACCUUCCCCAUGGAGACCUUCAGGAGGCUCAAAGGGAACUUCUCACAGCUCCCAGAUGUUGACUGCCUCGAGAACCCUCCUUUCCUCGUCCUGCUUGUGGCAUCCUCGUUCCAGCAGGUGGAUGCCAGGAUGGCCAUCAGGCACACCUGGGGCAAGGAGAGGACAGUGGCAGGGAAGCGCCUGGUGACGUUUUUCCUCCUGGGGAGCCCUGGGAAUGCCAGCCAGCAGGCUGGCAUCACUGCUGAGAGCCAGAGGUACAGAGACAUCAUCCAGAAGAACUUUACUGACACCUAUUACAACCUGACCCUGAAGACCAUGAUGGGAAUCGAGUGGAUUCACAGGUUUUGUUCCCAGUCCAGCUUUGCCAUGAAAACCGACACCGACGUGUUUGUCAAUGUCUUUUACCUCACUGAGCUGCUCCUGAGGAAAAAGAAGACUGCUGGAUUCUUCACAGGCUUUUUAAAACUGCACGAGUACCCCAUCAGGACAAGAGGGAGUAAGUGGUAUGUGAGUAGGGAAGAGUAUCCAGGAAAGACUUACCCACCCUUUUGUUCUGGGACUGGGUAUGUUUUAUCCAGUGAUGUAGCCAGCCAGAUCUAUAACAUUUCUGAGAGUGUUCCAUUCAUUAAACUGGAGGAUGUGUUCAUAGGACUGUGCCUUGACAAAUUAAAAAUUCGGCUGGAGGAGCUUCACUCGGAGCAGACGUUUUUCCCAGAAAGGAUCAGGUUUUCUGUUCCUCGCUUUAGGAAAAUCGUGACGUGCCAUGGAAUAAAACCACCCGAGCAGCUGAGCUACUGGAACCACUUGGUGGCAGGAACUCAAGGAGGAGUGCUCUAGCACCUGCCCUGCUCCACUGAAAAAACUGAAAUUCUCUGCUUUUACAGGGCUGCUCCCCACUCCAGCAAACUCCCAAUUGACUCCAGCUCCAUCACAUUAACGACUUUGAAAUGUUAUUUUAAUCAGAGAAUCACAGAACUGUUUAGGUUGGAAAAGACCUCCAAGAUCAUUGAGUCAAACCUUUGACUAAACACCCCCUUGUCAACUAAACCAGGACACUGAGUGCCAAGUCCUGUUAUUCCUUGAACACCUCUCUGGGCAGCCCCUUCCAGUGCUAAACCACCCUCUCUGUGAAAAAAUUCCCUAUUUCUGCCCAAGAACAUGCAAACCUCCUUCUCUCUCAUCCACUCCCACCUCUGUGCAUCCCUUCUCUGCACAAGUUACAAUAAUUAUGAUUUUUCUUUGCCUGAAACAUUCAGGCCUGCUAACCCACCCUCUAAAUCCUGCUGCCAGGGAGGCAGAGACCUGGGAACAUUUCUGCUGUGCCAAACAAAAAAUCAAAAUACUUUUGUUCAGAGAAUCAAAUCUGCACCAUCUUCCUGGUCGCCCCUUGAUAAAUUACUGCACCCAUCUGUGCAGGUUCUUUAAGGAAUGAUUUUUGUGGCUGUCAGGAUGCUCCCUCCUGGCAUAGGAAGCUGCAGCCCUGCCCUUGCAGCCAGCUCUGUGUGGGCUGAGCUGCAUCCUGGCACAGAUCCCUCCUUCAGUCUACGCCAAGUUUUUUUUUUGCAGAGAUGGUGGAAUUUGCCAUCCAAUGCUCUCAGGACAAACUUGGGCACUGCAGGUCACCUGGUGGAUGUGUAAAAGCUGCUGCAGCUGUUUCCUUGUGUGUGCUUCCUCCUGAAAAUAACCCGUGGUGGAGCCAGUGGAGGGUGUCCUGCUCUUCUGGAGACAUCCUUGAUAUUUGUGUCUCACUUUGAUUGCCUGACAGCUACUGUGAAUGGUUUGCCAAGGCUAAACUAGAGUCACUUACGGCGAUUUAGACUUUUUUUUUCCAGAGAGAAACUGGGUGUGUGAGGGAGAAGACAGGAGGAUUUUUCUCUUUUGAAUAAGACCUACUGGGAAAAUGUGCUCAAGUAACCAUUCAGGCUGGGAGCUCUAUUUCUUAUUUCAUUCCCAAGCAAAGACUCAUGAAAUCUCUGGGAUGGUUCUAAGUUUCAGAGAUAAGGAGUGAGGUCUUUGCAGCAGAUGCUGAAAAAUCCUUCAAGGCUCUGAGGAGGGACAAGGGAGCUCAGAAAUCCUCCUUAUGCAAUGCUCCUGUUUGAUUUUCCUGCAGGCACAGGCAAGGUCAGUGUUAUCAGCAUGGAAUGCCUGCAAUGUCUGUGUGAAGUGUUUUUUUCCAAAAAGCAGUGAAAGUGGAGCUGUUCCCAAGAGAAGCUGAGGGGAUCUGACACCCAGCAUGGUAAAAGCUUGGAAGAAAGACAGGAAAAUAGAUUUUAUUAUUUUGGUGUUACUUAUUUUUAUUGAUUCUUUUCUUUUUAUUGUAAAGAGAGAUUCUUUUUCUUUUCCUUCCUUCCUUCCUUCCUUCCUUCCUUCCUUCCUUCCUUCCUUCCUUCCUUCCUUCCCUCCUUCCUUCCCUCCUUCCUUCCUUCCUUCCUUCCUUCCCUCCUUCCUUCCUUCCUUCCUUCCUUCCUUCCUUCCUUCCUUCCUUCCUUCCUUCCUUCCUUCCUUCCCUCCUUCCCUCCUUCCUUCCUUCCCUCCUUCCCUCCCCUUCUUGGUGAGGAUUUCCCAAGUAUCUCAUUUUACUUGCCUGUGUCUGAAGAGCAGGAUAAAUAUUUUCAGCAGGAAAAUCCUGAGACGUAUUUAAUAAUGAUCAUAAAAUAUUAUUUAUUUUCCUCUGAUGCAACCUGAGAUCAUGCACUUAUAUUUGACCACUGAUGAUGAAAAAAACAAUGUUCAUUUGUUUGACAGAAGAAUGGCCUUCUUCAUUUUAAGCUUCUAUAAUAAACUUAUAAUGUUUUAUUUAGAAAAUAGCUCAAUUUACUUACAGCUAUUUUCUGAAUGCUUUUGCUGCCUUCAGAAGGUGUGAUGGGUCGACUGAUAAAGCCAAGCCAACAUCUUUUUAAUCACUAUUCUUUCCAUGUAAUAUCCAUAAAUAUCUUGUGUCACUCGUUGCUCUUGUGCCCAAGGUGCAAAAUGGUUAUUUCUUUAAUUUCUGGAAAAAUGGUGAGGAGAAAGGAAUGUUUUCUGGUCAUUCCUGUCGUGAGGGGCAGAGGUCUGUGAUCUGGGACAGCAUUAUCAGCCUGAUGUUCUCUUCUUGUUCUCAGAGGUACUAAUACAGUAAUAACUAAUAAUUUAAUAAUGAAAUCAUGCUGCAGGCAAUUGUAGGUCUCACUUCCACCUCUGUGUCUGGUGCCAGCAGUUUGUGGCUUUGCAUCAGCAUAAAAAAAAGUCACCCUUGAGGUCCAAGUCCUGCUCGACCUCUUGUGGCUUUUAUCUGAGUGCAGGAGCAUUCCCCAUGACUUGAAUCCUGCAGCUAACUGCUCUCAGGCAGUCACUUCUGCACACUCAACCUCUGCAUUUUUGGAGCUAAAACCUAGUGGAAGAUGUCCCUGUCUGUGGCAAUGGAUGUUCUUCAAGGGUCCCCCCAAACCCAACCAUUCUGUGGUUCUGUGAAAUCCAUCUCUAUGUGCCAUGGGGAACAAAGUCCUCAGGCAUGGCCUAAGAAACCACCAGCAAUUCCAGGGAGAUGUGCUUGUCAUUCCAAGUGACCUCUACAACAUGUCUCCAGAAAGUUUUGCCCCCAUAUGAGUCUCCAACGACUGCCCACGAGCAUUUAAUUUGUCACUGCAGAAGCUCUGCAGAGGAGCAGAUGAGUCCAGGUUGCAAUGUCAGGGAUUUGGGGAGCCUGCUCCUCUCCUCUUUGCAAAGUGGCUUCCCCAGGUGAAUGCUUUCAGUUGCUGCACAGCAGUUCCUCAAUGUAAUGAUUUUCUUGGUGUAAAUUACAAACUGUUUUUUUUUUUAUUCACAGAAUCAUAGAUUUGUUUAGGUUGGAAAAGAACUGCAAGUUUUUACUGAGUCCAUCCCUUAACCCCAAAAAGUGUCCCUAAGCACCACAUCCACACAUUUUUUGAACACUUCCAUGGACAGUGAUCCCACCACUUCCUUGAGCAGCCUGUUCCUCUGUUUGACCAUCCUUUCUGUGAAGAAUUUUUUAACAAAUGCAAUUUAAACCUCCCCUGGUGCAACUUGAAGCCAUUUCUCCUUGCCCUGUUGUUUUUUAUUGGAAGAAGAGACCAAUCCCCAUCUCACCACACUCUUCUGGCAGGGAGUUGUGGAGAGCAAGGAAAUAUUCCCCGAGCCUCCUUUUCUCCAGACUAAACCCUGCUCCCUAGGCUGCUUUGAAUAAGAACAUAUUAAUUAAAUAAUUAAUUACUUAAAACAUAGAGUUACCCCACUGGAAAAUGUGAUUUAAGAAAAAGCAGAUGAUUGCAUGCAAGGCAAAUCCAUUUAUUUAAACAAAAGUGCUGUGCUAGUGAGUUUAUAUGUAUCAGCUAAAUUAAAUUAGCUUUUGCAGCUGAGGCCUCAGAUUAUGAAUUUUAAAACAAACUAAACAGUAUUAUUGGCCUUUUGAAAAAUUAGAUGCAUUUUCCCAUGAAUGACCAUCACAAAACAAUCAGAAAUAUAAGUAGAGCUGUAAACACAGUAAUGCAGUGUGCAUAUACUUAUUUUUUUAAAUUUUGUAAAGGCUGAUAAAAGAAUUCAGGCAAUUUGAGGGCAGUCUGUCUGCAGAAGUUGAGCACUAUCCCAAUAUUUCUAUGCAUUCUGGGUUAGAAGUUAAUUAAUCUUUUUUUUUUUUUUAAUUAAUAGCUUUGAAAAGGCCAUCUAAAAGUUACUCCACUGCUUCCAAGUAGGGAGAAGUACAGAAAUCAAGAGUUGGUUGCAUUUCAGCACAUUCCAUUUCUUCCAAGAUCAGUUUUUGGAUGCAGAAAAAUUAAUACUUUUUUUUUUUCACAACCCAAAUUCAUCAACUAACGCGUUCUCAGUUCAAAUUUGGAUUUUCAGACCUAUGCAUGAAGGAUUUGGUCUCUCAGCUCCUCUGACUCAGACUUAUUGAGGAGGCACAACCCUCCCAGGCACUUGUGAAAAUACAGGGUGGAUUUUUGCAAAGGAAGUUUUGCCUUAUUUCAAAGAGGAAAGGGACAAAAGGGCUCCUGGGGUGUGCUGGGUGUGACAGGAAUGCUGCUCCCCAUGGAUUUGUGUGGCUGACAAUGCAAUGUCCAUUUAAAAUGUGUGCCAAUGUUUGUAUUAUUUGCAUAGAACAUGAGAGUGUUGAGCCAACAGUUCCAUGUUUGGUAUUUUAUUAGUAAAGAAUUUUGCUACCACA